UUACAAGUUCAAGAGAGUCACUUUCUUUUCUGAAAUGGACAUAACGCAUGUUCAGGUAUUCCUCACAGUUAGUAAAGAUUGACCAUAGAAUGUGUUACAUGGUUAAAAACAAGAACUUUUCUCUCUUAUUAGAAGAUGGAGAAUGAUGGUGUGCAUUUUAAGAAGGAAAAUGCUGUGUUGACAGUAUGGAAGAUGAGGCAAAUAUUGCUCAGGUGACAAAGGUUAGAAAGGUAAUAUGGAUUCACAUUUAAAUAUUUCUAAAUGUUCUAGGGUUGGGAGGCAGAAGAAUAGAUUGGUUAGGAGAAGGAGAUGGAGGGAGAGAGAAGUGACGGUGUUGUUGAAGGCAUGGUCCUGCCGUGUUCGGAGGAGUCCAAUCCUUGGUAGUGGCGGUUUGGGAACGACCAUUUGAGGGUGUCGAAACCUUGGCAGUGGCGUUGUGGAAACCUUCAUUUGACCAGAAAUAUAGUUGGAGAGUGAAUCAUUGGUCACCGUCACCGUCACCGUAAGGGUGAUCAUCGGAGAUAAAAGGAGCAGGAGCAUAGAUUUAUAUUUAUUGCAGCAAAGGGAUGGUCUUCCUUUGAGGUUUGGUAAUUUUGCAACCAAAGGAGAGAUUUGGAUGGACAAAAGCAAGAGUUUGAAUUUGGCAAAUCUAGUGCAACUCUGCGUCACCAACAAAGAUCUUUUAGCCGGCAAGGUUCUUCACGCUCGACUUUUCCGUCUCCGUCUUUUCUCUGACACCUUUCUCUCCAACCACUUCAUCGAACUUUAUUCAAAGUGUGAUGAAAUUGCCUCCGCCCACAAUGUGUUCGACAAUAUACCUCACAAAAAUAUCUUUUCCUGGAACGCCAUUUUGGCUGCAUAUUGCAAAACCCGCAACUUGCAACGCGCGUGCCGUCUGUUCCUGCAAAUGCCUCAGAGGAACACCGUCUCACUGAACACCUUAAUCAGCACAAUGGUCAGGUGUGGCUAUGAACGCCAAGCAGUGGAUACCUACGAUUCGAUGAUGCUGGAUGGAAUUAAACCCUCCCACAUAACGUUCGCUACUGUUUUUAGUGCUUGUGGUACUUUGUUGGAUGCGGACUGUGGCAGGAGAAAUCAUGGGUUUGUGGUCAAGGUUGGUCUUGAAAGUAAUAUAUAUGUCGUUAAUGCUCUUUUGUGCAUGUAUGCUAAGUGUAGGCUUAAUGUGGAUGCGCUUCGUGUUUUUAGGGACAUUCCUGAGCCUAAUGAGGUUACUUUCACCACCAUGAUAGGGGCAUUAGCUCAGACAGAUCAAUUCAAGGAAGCUUUGGAGUUGUUUAGACUCAUGUUGAGAAAAAGGGUUCCUGUUGAUUCUGUCUCCUUGUCCAGCAUAUUGGGUGUCUGUGCGAAAGGGGAAAGGGACAUCGGUCUCUGUCAUGGUCUCUCAUGUAAUGCACAAGGAAAACAAAUGCACACAAUGUCAAUUAAACUGGGAUUUGAUAGAGACCUCCAUUUAUGCAACUCUUUGCUUGAUAUGUAUGCGAAAAUUGGGGAUAUGGACAGUGCUGAGAUGGUUUUUGUUAAUUUGAAUCAGCACAGUAAUGUUUCUUGGAAUAUAAUGAUAGCUGGGUAUGGGAAUAGAUGUAACAGUGAGAAAGCGGCAGAGUAUCUUCAUAGAAUGCAGUGUGAUGGAUAUGAACCAGAUGAUGUUACAUAUAUUAAUAUGCUGACAGCGUGUGUCAAGUCUGGGGAUGUAAGAAUCGGGCGUCUAAUAUUUGACUGCAUGCCAUGCCCAAAUUUGGCUUCAUGGAAUGCUAUACUCUCAGUCUAUAAUCAAAUUGCGGACCAUAGAGAGGCAAUUGAACUGUUUAGAAAAAUGCAGUUUCAAUGCCAACAUCCUGAUCGGACUACUUUGGCCAUUAUUCUCAGUUCAUGUGCUGAACUUAGACUUCUUGAGGUUGGAAAAGAGGUUCAUGCUGCAGCUCAAAAGUUUGGAUUUUAUGAUGAUGUCUACGUUGCCAGUAGCCUUAUUAAUAUGUACUCCAAGUGUGGGAAAAUGGAGUUGUGUGAGCAUGUGUUCCGUAAACUGCCUGAACUAGAUAUUGUAUGUUGGAACUCAAUGUUAGCAGGGUUCUCAAUCAAUGCUCUUGAACAAGAUGCCUUGUCUUUGUUCAAACAGAUGCGAUCACUUGGCUUCUUCCCAUCUGAGUUUUCUUUUGCUACCAUAGUGAGCUCUUGUGCAAAUAUUUCUUCCUUGUUUCAAGGUCAACUGUUUCAUGCUCAGAUCAUAAAAGAUGGUUUUCUAGAUGACAUAUUUGUGGGGAGUUCUCUAAUAGAAAUGUAUUGUAAAUGUGGUGAUGUGCAUGGGGCCAGAUGUAUUUUUGAUGUGAUGCCUGGUAAAAAUACCGUUACCUGGAAUGAAAUGAUACACGGUUAUGCACAAAAUGGAGAUGGUCGUAGUGCUCUGUGCCUUUAUAAUGAAAUGGUUUCAUAUGGUGAGAAACCUGAUGAUAUUACUUUUGUUGCUGUUUUAACUGCUUGUAGCCACUCGUCUUUGGUUGAUGAAGGACUUGAAAUAUUCAAUGUCAUGCUGCCAAAAUUUGGAGUGGUGCCAAAGUUGGAUCAUUACACUUGCAUUAUAGAUUGUCUGAGUCGAGCAGGGAGAUUUCAUGAAGUAGAAGUCUUUUUAGAUACCAUGCCAUGUAAAGAUGAUGCAGUUGUAUGGGAGGUUGUGUUAAGUUCAUGCCGUAUUCAUGCUAACUUAACCUUAGCAAAAAGAGCUGCUGAGGAACUCUAUCGACUGGACCCCCAAAAUGCUGCUUCAUAUGUGCUUCUUGCCAACACGUACUCUUCUUUGGGAAGAUGGGAUGAUGCACGUGUUGUAAGGGAUAUGAUGAGUGAUAAAAAGGUCCCUAAGGAUCCCGGUUAUAGUAGGAGUGUGUGCAAGAGUGAUACACAAAUGAUUCUUGAAAACAAACAAUAAUCUCAUUAUGAUGGUUGUUGAAAUCAAAGCACCUCUGCAGAGACCUCGAUCAUUUAUACAAAAGGGACCUUGUGUUCUACUGGAAGAUCGAUGAUACUUCCCAUGACAACGCUUUUAUGACUAUCAGUUGCUUAUUAAACUGGAGACUGAUGUCGUCUGAGUGACAUUCCCUCUGAAAAUUUUCAUGGAGAACAUCGGCCACACGGUUUAGGAAGCUGGGACUUGAAAUUAAUAGUAUUAGAGCUUGAGGAGUCUAUUCUUGCAGGAUUUGUUAUCUUCUAGGCUAUAGUAUUAUUGGUAAUUUGCACCUUUCACGUCACUGGUGAAGGAAACUACGCUGGCGCCUGUUGUUGCGGUAGGUGGGUUGGAUGGGUAUUGAUUUAUAACAAGGAGAGAAUUUGGUGUUUUCUUUCGUUGGCUUAAACAUCAAACAGGUAGACAUGUUAGGUUGUGCCCUCUUUAGUCUCCAAUUAUGUGGGUGCCCUCUUUCAAUUUUUUUAUCUAAUUUUUAGAGGUGCAUUUUACACACUAUACUCGCAUUAGCUAAAAGUUUUCUCUUUCAAACAUAUACAAAUAUCCUACCUUUUUUCAUUAAAGAAAGAACCUUAACAGUCAAGAAACAAAAAGAAACUAAUAGUAAAACCCAAUGGUUGAAUAAUCAGCCAACAAGGGAUACAUAAAAAAGGGAGGAGGGAAGUAAGAAUUUUGUUGUCCAUAAUUUUUCGGUUGUGUUGACCGUACUUGUGCUCAUUUGGUUGGAUCUGUCAUACUGAGAUGGAGUUGUUGCAAGCACUGUGGGGUGUAGCUGCGAAGACUUUAACGCCUAAAUCAGUGAUGGGCAAGGUAAAACUGUUUAAUGAUGAAUUGAAACGGGCCCCGCGAAGGUGACAAAUGAACAUUGAUGGGGUAGAUAGGUGAAAUGCGUGGAUCGAUUUUUGUCAUCUUGUCAUAUAUUGUUAGAAGAUCUGUUGUGGAUUAGUCAGGUGUCUUUUUGUAAGCAACAUACAUGUGUGUCAAUGGAUAUUGUGUGAUUUCAGAAAUUAGGAGACAAGUGGGUUAGUGGAGGGAUGAGCCAAGCAUGAAGUUGGGAUCAACAAGAGCUCUGAUGGAAUGGGUGCUCUCUAGAAUUGAAUCCAAAAUAGUUGCCAGUCAACUGUUUGGGCAGUCCGAGGAGUUACUUAGAGGAUUAGUUAAUCGAGGUAAUGGCCCUUCAGGGAUUUCAAAUGCCUUCAGGGCACUCAAAUCCAACCACUAAAAGCAACAAAGACAGAAGAAUCGUUUGGGAGUGCGAGAGUGAACUGAAGGUCAGCCUCCAAAAUGCGAGAUUAAGCUAAGAAUGAAUGGGUCUGAGUAAGUUUAGAAUGAGCGUGAUUAAGAAUAUGGGUUUGCGAAGGUGGCGAAGGUGGCUGGAGAAGGUAGAAAAGGAGACAAGAGAAGGUGGUCGAGAAGGUGUGUAUGUGGAGGGCCAAAUAAAACCUAAGGUUAAGAGGUGAAAUAAAAAAUAUAAUAUCUAGAAUUUCUUUGUUUACAGACAGAUAAAGGAGGUGAAUUCAGUUCUAAUUUUUUUGGUGAUUUUUGCGUGAACCAAGGUACACAAAGAUAAUUGGCAGCAACUUAUACUCUGAAGCAGAAUGGAGUUGCUGAGAAAAAAAACAGAAUCAUCAUGAACAUGGUUCGGUCAAUGCUAAUAGGGACACGUGUUCCUAAAGUAUUUUGGCCAAAAACAACAGGAUGGUGUGUUCAUGUUCUUAAUAGGAGCCCCACAACAGUAGUGCAGGACAAAACCCUCGAGGAAGCUUGGAGUGGAAUAAAGCUUUCUGUUAAGGUGCUUGGGUGUAUAACUCAUGUACAUACAUCAGAUCAACAGCAAGUCAAAUUGGAUGACAAGAGUAAAAGGUGUGUUCUCAUUGGAAUGAGUGAUGAAUCCAAGGCUUAUAGACUGUUGGACCUAACCACUCAAAAAAACAUCAGAGAUGUUAUAUUUGAAGAAGAAAAAGGCUGGGAUUAGGAGCAGCAUGACAAAAACCAGUCAACACCCUUUAAGUUGGGGUAAAAUAACAGCACAUGACAGUGACACCGAGGAGGAAACUGAACAAAAUGGAGUACAACUUUCAGGGUAGCAGACAGAAGAAAAUCUGAAUGAAUACUAAAGUUAACACUGAUCAAAAUGAGUCUCAUCUUCCAAUAGUUGAUAAUUCAGUUAAAGGGAGGAUUAGAAGAUGUAGAAGAGAACCAAUUUGGAUGAUUGGUUAUGGAAAGGGAGAAGGUCUAUUUGAUGAAGAUGCAAUGAUGGUGAUAGAAGAUGAUCCAGUGACAUUUGAAGAAGCUGCCAAAACUUGGCGAGAUGCAAUGGAGAGAGAGAUUGAGGCCAUAAAAAAGAACAAAACAUGAAAUUUAACACUUAGGACUUAUUGGAUUUAUAACUAAGACCCAUAAAAGUAGUCUCACCAGAGUAAAAAUAGUCUUUCUACAUUAAUCUCCUAUCUGGGCAUACUUUGUAUCUCUUUUUGGUGACCCAUCUUAGACUAAUAAUUAAUGAACAACAAUCGAUCGAAGAGUUGAAAGAAACUUUCUACUAUAUCCUCUUCAAAUCGAUUCACAUUGAAAUU